CGUGCAGAACUUUAAAUAUAAAACAACAGUGGCAAAUCUGUAGAAAAUUCUGCCAGAUCUGACUGGGGUGGUGGAGCUUUUGCUUAGUAUGGUCCACUUGAACCAUUAACUGUUUCCCCCCCUCUCUACAGAUGCUGCCCGACCUGCUGAGCAUCCAAAACACAGGAGAUCCUGCAGGUGCUGAAAACUCAGGAGCAUCUCCCACACACAAUCCCAGCAGGUCAGGCAGCAUCUAUGGAGAGGAAUAAAGAGUCGACGUUUCAGGACUGUUGACAACCCUUUUUAUUUUGCAAAGGGUUUUCUGCGGGCGUGCGGCCGGAUUGUUCGCCUGCAUGAGAGCGUGAGAGCGGACGGGAGGGAUCGCCACAGCCUUGCAGACGAGGUUAAAGGCAUACAUGCUCUAUGAUGGCUUGAGUUUGUUUACCAUGACUCCAAGUGGAGGCAUUUAGAACUGAGACUGGGCAGCUUUCCCACUAAUGGCCAAGACUAGAUAUCAGCUGGUCUGCUGAAGCCAUGGGGAGCUGUUGGAGCUGUCUGGAUAAAGACACAAUCUCAGAAAACCAUCCAACCAAAUUCAAGGUGACAAAUGUGGAUGAUGAUGGUAAUGAACUGGGCUCUGGGAUCAUGGAACUGACCAACUCUGAGUUAAUUUUGCACACCAGGAAACGAGAUGCUGUGAGAUGGCCUUACCUCUGUCUGCGCCGUUAUGGCUAUGAUUCCAACCUCUUCUCAUUUGAAAGUGGAAGAAGAUGCCAAACUGGGCAAGGCAUUUUUGCCUUCAAGUGUGCACGUGCCGAGGAGAUUUUUAACCUUCUCCAAGAGAUCAUGCAGUGUAACAGUAUUAACGUUGUUGAGGAGCCAAUGAUGAUAUCGAGAAACCCUCAUCCGACGGAACUUGAUUUACCAAGAACGCCACAGACUCCGACCACCCCUGGUUUCACUGUGCCCGGAUUUGCAAAUGGAUUCCCUUGUUACCCACCAAUGGGUGAUGGCUCCUCUCACCCUUCGACUCGACAUCCUUCCAUUGGAAGCGCUCGCCUCUCAUCAGUGGGGGAAGAGUCCACCCACCCUCUCAUUGUAGGAGGUGAUGAUCAGAUUCACACAUAUGUGAACACUUCCAAUGUUGAUGAGGAGCGGAAGAGGAGAUCCUGUGUUCAUGGACUGCCAGAAUCGCGGCCCUCUGUCUCUGACAUGAUGCAGAGCCACGCAAACCACUGUUCUGCAAUGGAGGACAGAUCUCCUCAAGUCCUGCUGCAGCCAGGUGAGGUCAAGUUUGUCCUGGGACCAACGCCGGUUCAGAAAAGAAUGAUGGAAAUCGAAAGAAUGGACAGACAAAAAGAACAUGCUGAGUACAACUGUGGGAGCUUGAGUUUCCAAGACCGAGAUAUUGUCCUGGAUGGUGAUGACCAGAAUAUGGUGUGUGCCCCUAUCAAGAUGACUUAUGAGAAUGUUAAUGGUUUACCUAUGUCCUCUGGUACAGGGCUUCGACGAGGUCGGCUCAAGAUGGGCGGGGAUAUCCAGAACCUUAAUAACUGUGCUCAUAGGAAGACAGCCAUGCUGAACUAUGAAAAUCUGCCCUCUUUGCCUCCUGUGUGGGAGAGCCAGACACAAAGGCGGGAGGAAGAGGAUUGGAGUGACUCUGGGACUCCCCCGCAAAAUGGAUACCACAGUAACCUUGACCCACUGCGGAACUAUGUCAACACGGAGAAUGUAACAAUUCAGCCUGGUUUACACAAAGUAGACUUCACAAGGCGGCGAGAUUGCACUCCAAACGUCUUCAGCUUUGACUUUAAACGCCCGUGCCCCGAACAGAGGCAACUAAACUACAUCCAAGUGGAGCUGGAGGGUGCCAGUGACUCGGAUAACCCCCAAACCCCCAAAAUGCCCAGCACUCCAGUUCCGCCGACUCCCACACGUAGGACUGAGUUUUACGCUGUUAUAGACAUUAAAAAGACAGCUGCUAUGUCCAGUUUGCAAAAAGCACUACCAAGAGAUGAUGGCACGUCACGCAAGACAAGGCACAACAGUACAGACCUGCCAUUCUCUUCAUUUGUUGGGACCCACUGCUAGCCAUAGUUGCCAUUAAAAAUGAAUUCAUUGAAAAUGUUCUACUUCUGAAGUGUCAAAUAUGGUACAUUAUCAUCUGCAUUUUCUUUAAAGAAAACUUUGCCUUUUUUUUAAAAAGGGACAGUCUCUGUCCAAAGGUCAGAAACACACAAAUAUUUUAGAAUGGCUUUAAAUUAUUACUACAUUCCUGCAGUGAUCCCCUGAGUUUAAGACUCUUGGUAAAGAAAAAGACAUUUUGAUGGGCUGCUACUUUAAGAAUAGGGCCAUGUGCUUUUAGUAAAUUUCAACGCUUUAUGAAGUCAUUUCAUUCGUUGAUGUGCAUCCUAUUUAAAACUAUUUGAAAUCGACCAUGUACAGGCUCUUGGAGACGUACCAUCUUUGAUCCGGGUUUCAGGAAGUCUGUUGAUGGUGUUUUGAAGAUGGUCAUUACUAUGCAUUCAUCAGCAUAAUCUUGCCAUGCAUUCUGUGGCAAUUAUACGAGAAUCCCAGUCACCACUGUCAAUGAGGUUAAGGAUGUUUGGUACAAAUUUCAAAGGUAAUCUGCUCAAUGAAAUGCUUUCAAUUAUCAUUGCCAACAGGAAAGUUAGUGUUUGACUUUGAUCCUUUAUAGCCGUAUUAAUAAAAUUAGCACAGGUACAAAUUAAAUGAGGUAUAUGUGAAGUAGCUAUUUCCAUUCCUGGUGGGGAAAGUCAACAGUAGAAUGCAAUGGAAUAAUAAGCAAUCCGCUGGAGGAGCUCAAUUUGUCGGUCAGCAUCUGUUGAGGUGGGAGGAAGGGAAGGAACAGCUAUCUCAAGUCAAAACCCUGCAUAAGGACAAGAGACUCUGCAGAAGCUAGAAAUCCAGAGUAACACACAAAAUGCUAGAGGAACUCAGAAGGUCAGGCAACAUCUAUGGAAAGGAAAAAAGAGUUGAAGUUUUGGCCUGAUGAAAAUCUCAACCCAAAAUGGUGACUCUUUAUUCCUUUUCAUAGAUGCUGCCUGACCUUCUGAGUUCCUCUAGCAUUUUGUGUGUAUUACUCUGGUUAAGUAAUGGUAGUGAUUUAUUUGGGAGAGUUGCGUUUGUUCAAGAUGCGGACUGGAAUUUCUUAUCCAAGUACAACAACGCGGUUCACAUUGAAGGGUGUGGGUUUAUAUUCUGUGUGAGGAACAGCCUUCGCCAUGGACAUUUACAUGUGAGAACAGUGGCCAUUCUCCACAAUAUUAGAGUUUCCCGAGGUGGAGGGGAUGAAGCUGUUUCCCUGGACUCAUCCAUUUCAAGAACGGUUCAGUGCCUUUGCAGAGAUGGGAACAAAAUGGCUGAAAAGAAUGGCGAGGUAAAUUAGGUUCAAAUGGGAACAUUAAAGAAGGUGGUACAGGCCAGUGGAUAUAGUGAUGUGGGCAAUAAUAACUUCAUAGUAAUUUCCUUUUUGAAAAUUGUGUAGAUGCAUCCAAGAAAAUUUCAGUUCUUUAAGUUAACAAUACAUCUGUUUAGAAAAAGGGAAAAGGUCCAAUAAUAUCUAUUCUUUUGGUAACUCAUAGGGAACUGUGGAGUGAUUGUAUAUUGUACAUUGCAUCGAAAGAAUAUGCUUUCAUCAAGGUGGCCUUCUGCAAUUUAUAUUGAACAUCCUUAAUUUGCCUCUUUUUCUGUUUUUGGCUUCUUGACAUUUUCAGGGUUACAAAAUGUGCCAAACAAAGUGCCAACCCUCUCCAUGCAUGAAAUAGUGUUUAACAAAAUCCAGUCUAUCUGGUGCCUUGUUUACACUGAGACUUCUUUGCUCCUUCAGAUUGUAGGUACUUUAAUUGCUAAUUUGAUGCGUUGUAUUUUAGCUGUAGUUAAGCAAAAAGGACCAGAGUUCAGUUUUAUUACCUUAUAUUUUUACCGUUAAAUGUGACCAUUGAACAAGCAUUUGGCCAUAAGUCUUUUUCCUGAGUCUGUGGGAAUAUCUACCGGCAGUUGAACACAUUGCCUGACAUUCUGAGCUUGUUCAGCUUUCCCAAUAUGCCUUUUAAAGCUGCAGUAUAUUUAUGUAUUUUGUAGAGAUUGAGUUGAUGGCUGUGAACUGCUCAGACCAAAUCAAAACUGAGCAUAGGAAAGGCACCACUAUACUAUCAUCUCAUAAAGAUCAUAGAAAUAUACAACACAAAAAUUAGCUGUUCUGGCUCACGUCACCAUGCCAGCCAUGAUGCCUGUCUGCGCUAAUCUCAUUUGACCAUUUUAAACUCGUAUCUCUCCUUUUCUUUCUGAUUACCUGUCCAAGAUGAUAUAAAAAAAUGUAAUUAAGGUUUAAAACUGUUUGCAGUUUCAGUUUCGUGCUUUAAUGUCUGAAUUUGUUAAACUCUUGCAUCCUUUUAUCCAAUUAAUAUAUUUGAAGCUUGUUUUAAAAUUCAUAAUCUUGUUUUGAAAUCCCUGUGAUGUUAACUACUGUGUAAUGCAAAGUGUCAUUAAUUCACGUGACAUUCCUAGAUCUAAUUCCACUUAUUACUUGGGUACACGGGCUUUGCUUACAUUCCUUUAGAAGCCUAAUAAUAACUAAAUUAUGAUUAUUACAGUGAGAGAUGUUCUGCACUUUAGUUUGCAUUAGGUUUGGUGCUGUUAUAGCCAGAAAUGGGUCCAUUUAAUAGGCAGAAUGUAUAAAAUAUUAAUUGCUAUGUGUACAAUUGACAUCUUUGCUUGUCGAUUGUGGCUUGGUAUUUAGAACAUACUAUAGAACAGUACAGCACAAUACAGACCCUUUGACCCAUGAUGUAGUGACCUUUAAGAUCAAUCUAACCCUUCCCUUUCACAUAACCCUCUGUUGUUCUUGCGCUUAUGUAAGAGUUUUUUCUUAAACGUUCCUAAUGUAUCUGCCUCUGCCACUACCCUGGUAGGGCAUUCCACCACCCCCAUGCUCUCUGUUUAAAAAUAAACCUUGCAUCUGACAUCCCCCCCCCAUACUUCUUUCCUAUCUCCCUAAAAAGAUUCCAUGUCAUAUUAGCUAUAAGAUCAGCUCUUUUAGAGGACGUAAUAUGCCACCUUGCUGUAACACAAGGAGGUUACAGAGAUUAAUAUAGAACCUUUCUGCAUUCCUCUGUUUUCCUUUUAACUUUGCUUGGUAGUGUGAAUGUUUACUAAGACAACAAUCAUUUGACUUUGCAGGAUUUACAAAGUUAGAUGAGAAUCAGUGUAUUAUGCUCACAGCUUCCCAGUUUUUGCGAUUAAACUGAAUUGUACAGCAAGGAAAUGAAUGGAAUUAAAGUAAAGAAAAUCAGAUUUGGCCUCUACAGAGGUGGUUAGAUCUCCCAUAGAUUGCCGAGGUCAUGCAGUGAGCAUCUGAUAUAUACAGAACAGACAUCGCUUUGAUUCAGACCUUCGAACUCUGUAGCUGCCUGUUGCAGGAAUCGUUGAUAUAGACAGGGAAAGAUAACAGCUAUUUGUAUCCUUGGAUUUUACUGUUUCCCAGAGAUUCUGGCUGGGCUGGAAUUAUUCUCCUGUGGAAGUUGUGACGAAAGGCUGGCAGAUAUCUGUGAUAAUCGGAAUCCAAAUCCAGGUUUAUUAUCUCUGACAUAUGCUGUAAAAUUCAUUUUGCUGCAGCAGUACAUUGCAAUGCCUAAAAUAUUACUAUAAAUUACAAAAAAAUAUAAAAAUAGGUAGUAUAAAAAGAGCAAAAAUGGCUGAAUGCAGUAAGAGUCUAUAUUAUACUCCAUUACCUUAUGUUACAGCAAUGUGGCCCAUUAUUUCCGUUAAAGGAGGUAGUGUUCAUGGGUUCAUUAUCCUUUCAGAAAUCUGAUGACAGAGGGGAAGAAGCUGUUCCUAAAAUAUUGAGUGUCUUCAAGCUCCUGUACCUCCUUUUUAAUUGUAGUAGUGAGAAGAGGGCAUGUCCUGAGCAGUGGGGCUCCUUAAUGAUGCCAUUUCCCUCUUCCCUAAUAUGAGGUAGAAAGUAAGAAGUAUUUGGAUUAGUCUGCCUGGUGAUGAGUGGAGUUGGAGGAACAAAAUAUUUUUCAUGUCAUUCCUGAGAAACAACUUGAUAAAUGAUGGAAGCAAGCAAAGUAGGAGUAGACAGUGUUGAGAAUACUAUUCCACCAGGUGGAGCCAAUGUAUAACACUUUAACAGUUCAGUUCCUUAAAAUUUGAAAUCUUUGCUUACUAAUUGAUGAUAGUUCAUUAAUGUUCUUUGUUUUUGUAUUUUUAACUCAAUUACGUUAUCAGUGUUGAAACUAAUAAACCCAGAAAUUGGAACCAAAUGAUGAAUAUAUUGCAGCUUUGAAAAUAUAUUCAGUGUAUUUUGAAAGUUGCGAGCUUCCAACUUACUGUUUCUGACGGUAAGUGUAGUUGGUAGCUUUCAGCUUCUCUUCCACUGAGCCAGUACACGUGGCCUUUGUUCAUUGAGUCCUCAUGCUAGGAUCAUCUACACCAUUCACCUCUGCUGCGAGGGAUUUUGUCUGCUUUUUCAAUUGCAGCAGUCUUGUGCACAACUUUUAACAUUCAGUUUGCCAAUUUGCCAGCUGAGUGGCUACACAGUAUUAACUACUAAAUAUACAGUAUAUAAUGUCUGUAGUCAUCAGAGUGUGGUUCAGCAGAGCUAAACAAUGUAACUUCUUUUCCACUUUGCCCUGUUUUGCACUUAUGGGUCAGAUAUUAUUCGAUCUAAUGUGAAGACUUGAUAUUUGCUGUCAAGUCCUCAAUGUGGCUGAGCUGUAUUGAUUAGAUUCAGUAGCAGCCUUGUUUGGUCAGUCUUAAAUGAGGUUAAUUAGUGCCAAAUUAGAUUGAUUUAGACUUUGGGCUGAGCUCCCUCUGGAUUAAGAUUGGUCAGAAUUUCAUGAAUUUCUGUGCUUUAAGUGAAUGAGACCUUAUCCUCUUCAAUGAGACCAUAUGACACAGGGGCACAAUUGGGCCAGUUGGCCCAUUGAGUCUGCUUCACCAUUCCAUUAUGGCUGAUUUAUUAUCCCCAUAACCUUUAUCACCCUUACUAAUCAAGAACCUAUCAACCCCUACUUUAAGCAUACCCAAUAACUUGACCUCCACAGCCAUCUUUGGCAAUGAAUUCCACAGAUUCACCACCCUCUGGUAAAGAAAUUCCUCCUUAUCUUUGUUCUAAAGGGUUAUCCUUGUAUUUUGGAACUUUGCCCCCUGGUCCUAGACUCCCCCACUAUAGGAAACAUCCUCUCUAUGUCCACUCUAUCUAGGCCUUUCAAUAUUCGAAAGGUUUCAAUAAGAUUGCCCUUUCAGUCUUUUAAACUCUAGCAGUUACAGGCCCAGAGCCAUCAAACACCCCUCAGACAUUUUACCGUUUCAUUCCUGGAACCCUCUCCAAUGCCAGCACAUCCUUCCUUUUUGAUAAGGGGCUCACAAUAAUUCGAAGAGCAGUCUGACCAAUGCCUUAAAGCCUCAGAUUCAAAUCCAGUUAGGACAAGAAGCCAUGCUUUGAGCUCCAUUACAGCCAGAACUUCUGACCCACUGAUAGAAAUAUAAAUUAAAAUAGUUUGAAACUGUGACUUGAACCCUGUCUCUUGUCCAGCUACAGUUCCUUCACUGCAACCCCAAAGGCAAGGGCAGCUGUCUCUGAAGCUGCUGAACAACUUUCAAGGUCACCUUAAAUCUGUUGAUCAAAGCCAAGUGUCCUUGAGUAUCUUGUUGACUUUGGCCAGACCCUUAAGUGUAAUGUCAGCCUUAAAGCAAAGGCCACUAUGUUUUCCCAAAAAAAAACGGGGAUCUGGUUAACACAUUAUGCACAAGACAAAAUUUUAAAUUGAAAAGUUCUUUAUAGGAAUUCCUUUACAAAGACAUUUUAACCCCUUUUUUUUUAGUAAGAAAUAUGGAAAACCUCUGAGACAGCUGAAGUUAUGUUUACAGAUUAAUGCUAAAAUUCCACUAGAGCACAAGUGCCUCAGUUGCCAUAUGAAUAGACUGGUAGCAGUACCUUUCCUUGGAGAGUGGUUUUGGUGUGAUGGGGAAGAUUAAAAGACACUACCAUUGCCAAUAUUUGGUUUAUUGCAAUUACUUUUGAAAUACAAGGCUUUGUCUGACUCUGUCUAUGAUCUGUAAAGAUGACAAGCAAGUGCCUUAUCACUAUGCUAACCAGAUGUUUAGACAGAAGCAAGAGUCUUAAAUGCUGUCACAAAUGGCUACACUUGCUGUACUGGCCAUAACAUUCACAAAUUUGUAUUCUUGGCCUCAAAAUAUGUAGUGUGUAAAAGUGGAAAUUGGUUUCAUUCUUCAGCACUGAUGACCAAUAUGCAGUGAACAGCCAUGUUCUUCAAAAAUACUGGGAAUUCAAUGAAGAGUGUUUAAACCAGGUGUAGGUUGUAGGGACUGUGAAUGAUUUGAAAUGCCUCUGUUGACCCGCUAGUGACAUUUUAUGCCUCUAGUCAAAAGCGCUUUUGCGCAGGCUUUGUUGUGUGGUUACUUUAAAAUUUCAGCAGGAGCGAUCUCUUCAGUAUUGUGUAAAGUUUCAUGAACGAAUUCUCUGAGCAGGUUCCAGACCAUGUGCAUCACUGUCUUAAGGUACUUCAUUCCUCUGCACGCGCUGAUCUGCUGCCAGUUUAGUAGAAGUUUCUUGUGUACUGCACGUAGUUCUGUAGAUGCCCUUGGAUGCAGCUGUAUAUAUCAGCUUCUGUGAGCUUUAGCAAGGCACGGAUGAAGGUAAUCACAGAAUUUCUUGAAUGUCGACGGGACUCAGUGAAUCUGAAGAAAUGCAGAAACAUUUUUUAGCUCAAUUAAUUUCUGUUUAAAAAUGAGUAUUUUAAAAAUAAUGGAUUGUUUUUGUACUUCACUGCUUCAUAAGCAGAAAACUGAUGUUCUGCAAUGCUGAAGUAUGAUCAUGGUUUCUUUUCUGGGUUUAAGGGAAUAAAAUUUCCAACUUUCCAUUAAAGCUGCUAUUUUAAAUUUACAUUGUCACUGGUAGUGCAGGUACAUGUAUCACAAUAAAGUUAUGGAUAAAAUAAUGUUAAAUUCUACAACCAAUUUUUUUUUGCCAAAUCAACCAUGAAUAUAAUUAGAUUUAAAAUCUGAACACUAUUUUCAAGUGAGUAGGUUUUAGUCCUCCUUUGUUUAAAAUCAUUGUCAUGAUUAUAGAUUUCAUAGGGCUAAAUAGCAUGAAAACCAUAAGACAAAGGAGCCAUUCGGUCCAUUGAGUCUGCUCCGCCAAUCCAUCAUGGCUGAUUUAUUAUCCCUCUCAACCUCUUUUUCAUAGCUUCUUGUAACUUUUGAUGGCCUUACUAAUUUAGUACCUAUCAACCUUUGCUUUGAGUAUACCCAGUGACUUGGCCUCCACAGCCACAUGUGGCAAUGAAUUCCACAGAUUAAUCAUCUUAUGGCUAAUGAAAUUCUUCCUCAUCUCUGUUCUAAAGGGACAUCCUUGUAUUCUGAGACUGUGCCCUCUGGUCCUUGACUCCCCCAUUAUGGGAAACAUCCUCUCCAUGUUCACUAUGACUAUGCCUUUUAAUAUUUGAUGGGUUUCAAUGAGUCCCACCCCCCCCACUUCCAUUCUUCUAAGCUUCAGUGAUGCAGGCUCAGAGCUCCUCAUAUGUUAACUGGUUUAAAAUGCUAGGAUUUCAAAAUACUGUAGGUCUGGGUGAUUAGUUCAGGCAUUUGGAAUUCGACCAAAUGUCUCUUAGCAUCAGCUUAGGACCACAGAGUCAUAGUCGUACAGCCUGGAAGCUGGCCCUUCAACCCAGCUAGUCUUUGUUGACUAAGAUGCCCAUCUAAGGUAGUUCCAUUUGCCUUUAUUUUGUCUUUAGCUGUCUAAACCUUCCCAAUCUACAUACCUGUUAAACAGUCUUUUAAAAGUUGUCUGGUACCUGUCUCAUCCACUACCUCUGGCAGCUUAUUACACAUUUUUUGUGUGUUUUCAAAAAAAAGUUGCCCCCCCCCCCCCCCCCAGGGAAAUUUUCCUAUCCCAUCUUAAGCCUGCUUCCUUUAUUUCUUCAUUCUCCAACCCAGGGGAAAGAGGUUUGAAACAUUUGCAUUUCCAUAUGUCAUAUUGGACCCAUGGUUCUCACAUUGGGCAUAUUUGCAAGCAAUAAUCAAAAAAAUAUUACCUUGUCAUCCCACUGAAUAGGGUAGUCCCCUGUGGCUAAUGACUGACUUGUUGUGCAGUUUGGUGUCAUUUAAAACUGACUUGCAUUAAAUCCACAGACUUAAUUUCCAAUUCAUCGACAAAAUGCUUUUUAUAUGGUUGGGAACUGUGAAUUCUGUGAUUAUCCUAUCAUCUGAACCCUGAUGUCCAUGAGUUGAUGAACUGUGCUGUUUUUAACCCUUUCCAAUCCAUGACAAGUUCAAACCCACUUUGUUCAUUCAAAUGGUAGAUGAUAAAACUCAGCAGUUUAGCGUACAGCCACAAUUCAGUUUUGUUGUUUUGAUGUUCCUUGGUAGAUUUUGCACAUCUUUCAUCCAAAGCCCUGAUAUGUUCUGCACCACAACCAUUGUUAAAACUACUCAUACCUAAGU